AUGGAGAAGAGUCGAGCUGGGGGCUCUCAGCGCUUGUUAUCACAGACUAUACCCAAAAUCUUCCGGACCGGCACAAAAUCCAAUAUGGCACCGACUCCUUCACGCGCAUCUAGCCCUGCCGUCCCUGAGAAGGAAGACAUUGCUGACACCUCCCUGUUACCUAUAAUGCCUGCUGACCCGAUGAAUCCAUCGGUGCUCUACCGAUCCAUCCAGCUGAUGUUCAAGGCCGGACUUUCUAAAGCUGUGGCAGACUUCUCCAAGCAGGUAGGCAACUUGGGCAAUAAAGUCUCCGAGAUAGAGAUAAGGGCGGAUGACCUGGCUGAAGCUAUUGAGGCUGAUAGGACCCUUAUAACUGACCACACCGAUAAACUGGAACUGCCUGAGUUCAAGAUAGAGGAUCUUGAGAACCUGUCCCACAAAGCUAAUGUCCGCAGCCUACCUGAGGGACCCACUGCUCUACUCCCUUCUCAUGGCGUCUCAAUGAGUCGCUUCUCUGCAGACCGCAUGUUCGCACUCAACUUUAAUCCAACCUCUCUGACUAUUUUUCCUCUUACUCUACAUCUUCAGCUGAUGGCACAGAAGGCAUUUAUAAGAGGGAAAAUCAUCUCUAUGGCUUCUCACUUAAAACGUGAUCAAACAAAAGCUCAAGCUACAUUAGAAAAUAAGCUUGCCAGACUGGCGGUAGCACACCAGCUCAAUCCCUCUAUGUAUUUACUCUGGGCAUUAUGUACUACCAGACUCCAGCUUGAUGCUGUUUUAUCUGACGGCACUGAAAAGGCUCUCUGCUGGACACAGACCACUUAUUAUAAAUGGGCCAAUAAACCUGACCGCCUUCUUGCUUCUAUGCUUGUUACGUUAUGUAGUCUGGUGGCACACGCUGGAUGCUUGAUUGUUAAUAAAACCAAAUCAGAGAUCCUUUUCUGUAACACUCCUCCUCAAAUCUGCGGAUUUCUCUUGGUGGCUUUCCCAAAAACGAUUUUUGCUCCACCACUUUUUGUUUUCGGUGAUGAGCUUGAUGCCUACAUAAAAACUGAAGGAGCAUGGAUGGUGGGUAGAGAGAGAGCAAUUUACACUAAAGCCAAUGAUUUAGAAUGUGCUAAAAUGUGUGAUGCAGAACAGAAAUUCACUUGUAGGUCAUUUCUGUAUAGCACAAAAAAUCAAUUUUGUGUCACACUCAUGGACAACCAGAAAUCAUCACUUGUACACAGAAGAAAUGAUAUAGCUCUAUAUGAGAAAAAAAUUUACCUUGAAAACUGCUUUACAGGAGAUGGAAAAAAUUACAGGGGAACUGAAUCUAAAACACGUUCUGGAAAAACAUGCCAGGAUUGGACAGCAACUACUCCUCACACACCAAACUAUACCCCUACAAAUUUUCCAGAUGCUGGACUAGACGCAAAUUUUUGCCGAAAUCCAGAUGGUGAUCCAAAUGGCCCCUGGUGUUAUACUACAGACCCAAAUCAACGCUUUGAGUUUUGUGACAUUACCCAAUGUGAAGAGGAAUGUUUUCAUUGUAAUGGAGAAAAUUAUAGAGGUGAAAUUUCAAAGACAAAGUCUGGAUUGCAGUGUCAAGCCUGGGAUUCACAAAAACCCCAUGCUCAUGGCUAUAAACCUGAAAGCAUUCCAGAGAAGAAUCUAAUAAAUAAUUACUGUCGCAACCCAGAUGGAGAACCACGACCAUGGUGUUUUACUACUGAUCCCAACACACGAUGGGAAUUCUGUAAUAUUCCACGCUGCACUUCAAAUACCCAAGCAUCACCACCAGGACUGCAGUGCUUAUCUGGGAAUGGAGAGUCCUACACAGGAAACAUUGCUAUAACUGUAUCUGGAAAAACAUGUCAGUCCUGGAGUUCUCAGGAACCCCAUGGUCACGCCAGAACACCAGAUAACUAUCCCUGCAAGAAUCUUGAAAAGAAUUAUUGCAGAAACCCAGAUGGAGAGUCAAUGCCCUGGUGUUAUACCACUGACAAAUCAACAAGAUGGGAGUACUGUAAUAUACCCAGCUGUGGUGCUACACCUGUUGUUAAACCUGCACCUACUGCAACAGCUGCAGUUUCUGAAUGUUACACUGGAAAUGGAGAAACUUAUAGAGGCACAACAUACCUGACUAUUUCAGGUAAAAGAUGUCAGGAAUGGAGCUCUAUGGUGCCACAUACACAUGGAAAAACACCAGAUAAAUAUCCAAAUGCGAAUCUUGAAAGAAACUACUGCAGAAACCCAGAUAAUGAUAAGAGUCCAUGGUGCUACACCACAGAUCCAAGUGUGCGAUGGGAAUAUUGUAACUUGAAGAAGUGCACAGAAACAUCAGAUAUAGAACAACAAACUGUUAAAACUACAAAAAUAACCAUGGUGUCAUCUAGUCCAGACUGUAUGAUUGGUAAAGGCCAAGACUAUCGUGGGACAAAAUCUGUAACUGUGAAGGGAUAUACUUGUCAAUCAUGGAAAUCUCAGACACCUCAUGCACAUGCAAGCUUUACUCCAGAAACUCACCCAAAUUCUGACUUGGAUAAUAAUUACUGCAGAAACCCAGAUGGAGAUAUUAACGGUCCUUGGUGCUUUAUUACAACGCCUGGACCAGUAACCUGGGAUUAUUGUGACAUUCCCACCUGUGCCUCAACAGAAAUUGAAUGUGGGAAACCAAAGAGAGGGCAGAGAAAGUGCUUUGGAAGAAUCGUAGGUGGAUGUGAAGCAAUUCCACAUUCUUGGCCAUGGCAAAUCAGCCUUCGUACCAGCUACAAUUUGCACUUCUGUGGUGGAACACUGAUUGAUCGCCAGUGGGUUCUUACUGCUGCACAUUGCUUGGAACGGUCAUCUCGACCAUCAUCCUAUAAAAUACAACUUGGAAUUCACAAGGAACAAAGCACUGAGGCUUCCAAGCAAAUUAGAGAUGUUGAAAAGUUAUUUUUGGAACCAACAAAAGCAGAUAUUGCUUUACUGAAACUGAAAAGCCCAGCUUUAAUAACAGAUGAAGUUCUCCCAGCUUGCUUACCACCUCAUAAUUUUAUGGUACCGGAUAAAUCUGAAUGUUAUGUAACAGGAUGGGGAGAAACUCAAGGCACUGGUAAAGAAGGUGUUCUCAAAGAAGCCGGAUUCCCUGUGAUUGAAAACAAAGCAUGUAACAGCCCUGAAUACCUUAAUGGUAGAGUAACAAGCCGGGAGUUGUGUGCUGGGAAUAUUCAAGGUGGAGUGGACAGCUGUCAGGGUGACAGUGGAGGACCACUAGUCUGUUUUGAUGGAGAAAAGUAUAUUAUACAAGGCGUGACUUCCUGGGGUCUUGGUUGUGCCCAGCCAAUGAAGCCUGGUGUAUAUGCACGUGUGUCUAUGUUUAUUCCGUGGAUUGAAAAAACUAUGAAAGACAAUUCAUAAAAUAUAACUAUUUUUCUGUGUUUUUUAUUAAAUCAAA